CGGCGAAAGUAAUGCUUAUAGUUAGGUAAGCGCUUACAGCGCAUGAACGUCCAAACCGAACGCAGUCUUUAUCUCGGUAUGAGCAGUCGCGUGCGAGAAUUCCAAGUGAACAGAUCGCUUUGACUUAGUAACAAUCACGUUCAACAUAUUGCACUGGAUUAUAAUCUACUAGAGUGCCUCAGACAACUGUGCAAAUAAUGAUAUUGACAAAUUUCUGACACACCGGUGAUCAACUUUGUCUCGAACGAAAGGAAUAAUCGAGUAUUUCGAUUGAACAUCAAUCAUGGACUACUGGACGAUAGUUUUAUCAAUAUUAGCCGGCAUAUUUGCCAUUUAUUACUACGCUUCCCGUAAGGAUUCGAACGUGUUCCGACAACAUGGAAUUCCACAUGCAAAAAAAUGUUUCUCAUUAGAAAAACUUUGGAAAACUUUUGUGCGUCCAAAAAGCUUGGCCGAUGUCAUUAAAGAAAUAUACAAUGUGCAUUCCGAUGCUAAGUACAUCGGUACUUAUGAUUUUGCAAGACCGGGCGUAAUGAUUCGUGAUCCUGAAUUGAUCAAGUCUAUCGCUAUCAAAAAUUUCGACUCAUUUCAGGAUCACCUUUCGUUCGGCACCGAAAAUCAAGAUUCGCUUUUCGGAAAAAAUCUACUUGCUCUUCGCGGCGACGAGUGGCGUGACAUGAGAGUGCUUCUGAGUCCCGCUUUUACAGCUAGUAAAAUGAAGACAAUGUUUCAAUUAAUAUCCGACUGCGCUGUGAAUUUUUCGGAGUAUUUAAUGAACGUACCAUUAGACAAACGCGUUAUGGAAAUGAGAGACAUAUUUUCGAGAUACGCUAACGACGUGAUCGCAACAUGUGCCUUUGGUAUUAAUGUGGAUUCAAUGAGGAAUCCAGAGAAUGAUUUUUAUAUUUUCGGCAAAAAAGCAACAAAUUUUGACAUGAUUGCUUAUAUGAAAAUUUUACUGUAUCAAACUAUGCCGUCGCUAAUGCGUCUAUUAAAUCUUAAAUUAAUAGACAAUCGCACUACUGCAUUUUUUGUUAAACUGGUAGCUGACACUAUCAAAAUCAGAGAAGAGAAAGGUAUUACUCGUCCAGAUAUGAUUCAAUUGUUAAUGGAUAGCAGAAGUAAAAGAGAACCCGGGAGAGAACUGACGAUUAUGAACAUGACGUCGCAGGCAUUUAUUUUUUUUGUUGCUGGUUUCGAUCCUAGUUCGGCACUAAUGAGUUUUGCGGCACACGAAAUUGCCGUCAAUCCAAAUAUCCAAACGAAGCUGCAAAAUGAGAUCGACAAAGUUUGGGAAGAUACGAAUGGCCAACCAUCUUACGAGGUGAUUAACGGAAUGAAGUAUCUGAAUGCUGUUAUCAAUGAAACUCUCAGAAAAUUUCCGGUGCAACCAUUAAUGGAUAGAGUAUGUGUGAAAGAUUUCGAGUUGCCUCCUACACUACCAGAUGCAAAGCCAUAUCUUAUAAAGGAAGGAAUGUUAAUCUAUCUUCCAUUUUACGCGCUUCAACACGAUCCUAAAUACUUUCCAGAACCGGAUAAAUUCAAGCCUGAGAGAUUCCUCGAUGAAGGAGAUCAGUGUAAUUUUAACGCUUAUCAUCCAUUUGGAUUAGGUCCGAGAAUGUGCAUCGGUAAUAGAUUCGCGUUACUGGAGACGAGGAUUUUGUUAUUUCAUCUUCUGACUCGUUGCGAGUUAAAGCCGUGUGAGAAGACUUCGACAUCUGGAACAUUACAGAAAGGUGGAUUUUCAAUGCGGAUUGAAGGGGGUUUCUGGUUGAAAAUUGUACCCAGAGAGAACUUGCAUCCUGCGAUUAUGAAAGCAAAGCAGUCUUGUUAGUUCCAGCUUUCAAAGUAAUCUGUAAAAGGCCACAGUUAGGAACAGUAGUAUUCAAAACAUUAAAGUAAUACGAAUAUAUAAUUGUUACUCCCGCGUCGCGGAUAUCUCGCGUCCGUGUACUCUCUAGCUUGCGCGGCGACGCUUCCGUUUGAAGAACUUUUGCGUACUCCCGCACUCGCGAAAUGAAUACAUGGGAAUAUCAAUUUAACAAGGGCUUUAUUAAUUAUAAUACUGGCAUUAUUUUUCUAGCUGUCAAAAGCUCAAGAUCGCCCCGAUAACAAACGCAACUAAUUGUAAGAGGAUAAUCCUCUCUUGUCCGCUUUCGCAAUCGAUACCGGUCAAUGCAGAAAUCUGGCCAUUACACGGGUGUAACAAUAUUUUACAUUGCAAUAUACACAAUAUAUCGCAUUAUUAAAAUAUAUGUAUAUAUUAUACAAAUGU